AUGCGUCCUCCCUCUCGCCGUGUGCCACUGAGCAAUAGUAGCGGUUCUAAGCGGAAGGAAAGGGAUCAGGCUUCCCCAAGGCCCAAAUCCUCGCCCACAAUUACCAAAUUGCCCAGCGAUAAAAGCCCAAACCCAGUGCCGACCAAUAUGCUCCUGGCUGGGUACUUGGCCCAUGAAUUCCUGACGAAAGGGACUCUGUUGGGCCGGAAAAUGGGCCAGGCGCCGAGCCCGCGAAAGGAGUCGCAGCAGCAGAAGUACGAUAGGUACGUAGAGCUAUCACUCUUGUUGAAAACCAAUGGGGCCCACCUGGGCGAAAUUGUGAACCCAACCCAAUUGGCCCACUUCUUAAAGUUGUGA